AUGCCAUUUUUUGAAGAGAUAUUCGAAAUUCUUCCAUAUAAUUUUAUCAAGCCAAUAAAAUUACCACCUUGGUUUAUCAAUGGUGAUAAUUUUAAUCAAAAAUUUGUUCCAAUAAACGUUUCGACAACAUCAACAGAUUAUAUUAUCAGAGCAAUUUUACCAGGAAUUACAAUAAAUCAAUUAUCAAUUGAUAUAACGAAUGAUGAUAUUCUUACUAUUAGUGGAGAGCAUAAGAAGAAAUCCGAUAAUGAUGAGGAAAAACCAUUGAUUGUUGAAACGAUGGGUAUUGAAGGAAGUUUUACUAGAUCUAUAAAAUUUCCUAAAGAUAGUAUUGAUAUUGAUAAUAUUAAAGCCGAAUUUAAUAAUGGCGAAUUAAUUAUUAAAGUCCCAAAGAAAACAUCAUCAGAUACUCGUUAA